AUGUAUGACAGCUUCACGUUGGGUGCGCUGAGGUCAUAUGUGCACGAUUUAUUUCGCCGCAACGAGAUACCAACGGUCGGGAAGAUAACUAACGAGUUCCCGAAGCGUAUGGAUCUCCCAUCAUUUGUGCGUCACCUGCUUGCAGAAAUAGGCUUCAGGCCCGAGAAGCGGAGCCGCAACUCGCUGCUUAUUGACCAGGAAGACAUCGCCGAGUGGCGGAAUCACUACCUUCGUGACAUGGAGCGCUACGUGGCAGAAGGCCGAAAGAUAUUCUUCCUGGACGAGGCAUGGCUGAUGGUGGUACACACUCGGACGAUCAUGUGGACAGACUCCGUGCUGCAGAAGCGCGGACGCCUGUUCACUCGAGCAUAUGGCCUGUCGACGGGUCUGAAAAAACCUUCAGGGAAAGGCCUGUGCCUGAUCAUGACGCAUGUCGGUAGCGAAAGUCGCUUCGUCGACGACUGUUUGAAUGUAUUCCGAGGCCGAAAAACAGGUGACUACCAUGAAGAAAUGGACGAAAUGGCUUCGUGA